AUGAGCGAUGUCACUUUAAGGGCGUAUGGGGUUCUGUUAUGUAGAGUCCUAUGCAAUGGGGGAAGGAAUAUAUUAAGUGAUAAUUCAAGAAUUGAGUUUUUAUUUUUAAAGGCAUCCUAUGGGAAUAAACAUUGGACCCCUCCAAAAGGUUUGCAUGAAAAAAACGAAGAUGGAUUAGACACUGCCCUGAGAGAAACACUGGAAGAAACCGGGUUGGAUAAGGAUAAGUACAAAUUGCUAAAUUAUCAAAAGACUUUAAAAUAUAGCGUUGAGGGUGGUUUAAAAGAGACCACAUAUUAUUUGGGACUUUUGCUAAAUAAUGAGGAACGCAUCAUAUUGUCAGAUGAGCAUACGGACUAUAAAUGGAUUCACAAAAACGAAUUGACUAUCUAUUCCCUUCCAAGUUCUUUAACCGAUUUGAUAACAAAUGCGGAGGAAUUUUUGAAGAACAACAGCGAGAAAAUAAUGACUUCUUGA